CGAGCGGCGGUGGAGAACCUCUGCGCUCUCGCGCUGCCCUUCGGCCUGUCCGUCCGUCCGUCCGUCUGCCUGCCCACACCGCCUGCCAUGGCCGCGCCCCUGCGCGCCCCGCUCUUCCUGUUGGCCGCCCUGGCCCUGGCCGUGAUGCUGAGCUCGGCGGGCGCCGCGAGCCCCGCCAGGCCCCCGCGCCUGCUGGGCGGCAUCAUGGACGCAGACGAGAACGAGGAGGGCGUGCAGCGCGCCCUGGACUUCGCCAUCAGCGAGUACAACAAGGCGAGCAACGACAAGUUCCACAGCCGCGUGGUGCAGGUGGUGCGCGCCCGCAAGCAGAUCGUGUCUGGGGUGAACUACUUCCUGGAUGUGGAGAUUGGACGAACCACAUGUACCAAGUCCCAGCCCAACUUGGCCAACUGUCCCUUCCAUGACCAGCCACAACUGAAGAAGAAAGCCCUCUGCUCUUUCCAGAUAUAUACUGUUCCUUGGCUGGGCACAACCUCCCUGACGAAAUCCAGCUGCCAGGACGCAUAGAGGGCUGCACAGCAGCCGGCAGCGCUGACCACUCUCACCCUGCCCUUUUAGAGCGCUGUCACUCCUUUUGGGUGUCUUAGCCCUUACUUAGGUUGGUGGUCCCACCCUGCUCUGCCUAGCAUGCCAGCACCAGGGGAACGAUGAAGGCCUCUCGGUGUUUUUGGAACAGCUAAGUGGCUCUAACCCUGCUCCCUUUCAUUGCUUUUCAAAUGCACCCAGCCCGUGGUGCACCUAUUCUGCUCUUUAUUCAAUAAAAAUAACAUCAGCUGCUUCUCGA